AUGCUGACAGGAAAUGUCGACAGACAAAAGGUUGAAAAGCAGCAGCAGCGGGACAGCAGCAGCAGCGGCUUAAAAGCAGCAGCAGCAGCCGCAGCACAGCAGCAACAGCAGCGUAACAGCAACAACAGCAAAGCCGCAGCAGCAGCAGCAGCAGCAAAGCAGCAGCAAGGCCAGCAGCAGCAGACUGCGCUAGCGGCAGCAAAUGAGCCAACCACAGCAACAACGAUGGUAGAGCAGCAGCAGCAACAGCAGCAACAGCAGCGCCAACAGCAGCAGCAGCAGCAGCAGCAGAUGUAG